AUGGAACUUCUUCCGGGUAGGCCGGGGAACUUGACCCCUGAAGAGGAUGAGAAACUGCGCAAGUUUUGGGAGAUGUUUUUGCAGGUAUGCGGUGUUCUAGGCGAGGAGACCUCCGGCGAGGCGGACAAUGCCUCCGAGAGCCAAGUGAAGGCGGGUACUGCGGGAUCCGAAAAGACUAAGAAGAGUCGAAUGUCUCUAUUUAAGAAAAGGAAGGACAAGAACAAGGACGGCGCGUCCACUCCCAAGGUUCCCGCUAUGGACAACAUCAAGGAAAACGACCCGGAAGAUAAAUGGGGUGAGAACAAGGCCUACCUCGAUACCUUGGCCACGCACGCCCCGGAGCAGAUAAGAGCCACAAUCUGGUCAAUGGUCAAGCACGACCAUCCCGAUGCUCUCUUCUUACGGUUCCUAAGGGCUAGAAAAUGGGACUUGCAAAAGGCCCUUGUCAUGCUGAUGUCCACGAUGAACUGGAGGUGUUCCGAGGCACGUGUUGACGAUGAAGUUAUGGUGAACGGCGAGGAAAAUGCAUCUGUCGACGAGAAAAGCGGCAAUGAAAAGACCAAAAAAGUAGCGCAGGAUUUCCUGGCUCAGCUGCGCAUGGGGAAGAGUUAUUGCUAUGGUACUGAUAAGAUGGGAAGGCCCAUUUGCAUUGUCAGGGCUCGCCUGCACAAGGCAGGUGAACAGUCUGAAGAAGGUCUGGAACGGUUUACCGUUUAUUUGAUUGAGACAACGCGGUUUAUGCUUCACCCUCCUAUCGACACUGCUUGUAUCGUUUUCGACUUAACUGGCUUUUCAUUAGCUAACAUGGACUAUACCCCGGUGAAGUUUAUGAUAAAAUGCUUUGAAGCUAAUUACCCCGAGAGUCUCGGUGUUGUUCUCGUCCAUAAGGCCCCGUGGGUCUUUCAAGGUAUUUGGAAGAUCCUUCGAGGGUGGCUAGACCCGGUAGUCGCUAGCAAGGUCCAUUUCACAAACACAGUUAAGGAUCUGGAGGAGUUUGUAGCAAAGGAGAGGCUGCCCGACGAGCUAGAGGGUACAUCUGGCUAUACCUACAAAUACGUAGAGCCCGUACCCGGAGAGAACGCCAAGAUGAAAGACUUGGAGACGAAAGAGAAGCUCCUGCGGGAACGGGAGGCUCUGUACGAAGAGUACGAAAGCAAGACGAUCGAAUGGAUCAACGAGGCAGAUACUACGAAGAGGGCCGCUAUUAAUUCCGAAAGGAAUAACAUCGCCAAGAAUCUGAGGGAGCAGUAUUGGCACUUGGAUCCUUACGUCAGGUCGAGAUCUUUCUACGACAGGAUAGGUGUUAUCAAGCCGGACGGAAGCCUCGAUUAUUAUCCUUCAAAGAACACUAAUGGGACGACAGCCGCAGUAGUGGCAGGGGAGACGUCGGCUGACGACGUUGAUUGA